UUUGGGUUACAAAAGUUUGAUAAUUAUUCUUUGUCUAUACAUACAUAUUUCUGAAUUCGAGACUUGGUAUUAGCAACUCUAAACCUUGAUCGCUUGUUGGCCACCAUACAAAUACACAUCUUAGCUUAGUAAUAAUAUUAUCAAUUCCCAACCCAAAAGCUAAAAUAAAAUCAUCAUCACCCCAACAGAAUGUUUACAAGUUUACAUACACCUAUUUAAUUAACACGCACAAGCAAAAACAACAAGGAAACGUGUGCCACAUAAAAUAUGCACUGUAGAAAUUGUGGAUUCUAAUUAGGUUAACUAUCACCAACCAACUUUCUCUCAGUUAACACUUAUAUUACUUUGAGUUAUAGUUAACCCCAAGUGGAAGGAAUUAAGCCCUAUGAAACCACGAAACCUUUUUUGACAAGAAAGUGCACACAAAUUCACUUUUGCUUUCAUUCAUUCAUUCAUAUCAAACUGAUUAAUCAUUAGUCAUUAGUCAUCAGUCAUCACCUUUUUAAGACAAAGUUGCCUAGACUACCAUUUCAUUUCAGCUCACCAAAUCAAAACUGCAAUUUUUGUAAGUAUAAGCACGUCAAGAAAUACUUGAGAAAGAUUCACAAUUAAGCAGCACCAUCACAUCAGCCACAUAAUAUAACUCAUGUUCAGUAGUACUUCUUUCAAUUCAACUAAUUACCAUAUCAUGCAUUAUUCCUCCUUCCUCUCCAUGAGUCAUUCUAAAACCAUGAGUUCCUCCAACUUGACUUCUUCUUCUUCUUCUUCGUUUUCUUCCUCUCUUUCUUCGCCGUUUUUCAUUCCCAUUGAUCUUGCAUAUUCGUCGAUGAAUUAUUUCCAGGGCCUGUUUUAUAUGCCUGCUGACGUUCAGAUGUUGGAAAUCAUACUAGCCCUGAUGGUUUUCAUUGUGAUACAUUCCCUGAGGCAGAGAAAGAAACAAGGCUUGCCCAAUUGGCCUGUUGUUGGGAUGUUGCCUUCUUUGAUUGUUGGUCUUCAAGGAGACAUGUAUGAAUGGAUUUCAGGCGUUAUUUGUCGCCAAAACGGCACUUUUAUUUUCAAAGGUCCCUGGUUUACUAACUUGAAUUGUGUGGUGACAUCUGAUCCUCGAAACCUAGAGUAUCUUCUCAAGACUAAGUUCUCCAAUUUCCCCAAAGGCGAAUACUUUCGCAACACUGUUAGGGAUCUUCUUGGAGAUGGAAUAUUCAGCGCAGACGAUGAAAUCUGGCAUCGACAGAGGAAGACGGCCAGCCUGGAAUUCCAUUCUGCCAAGUUUAGGAAGCUCACUACUGAUUCGUUGCUUGAGUUGGUUCAUUCCAGGCUUCUACCUGUUUUGGAGGAUUCGGUUAAACAAUCAUUACCUGUUGAUUUGCAGGAUGUUCUCCUCAGGCUCACUUUUGACAAUGUUUGCAUGAUUGCAUUUGGUGUUGAUCCGGGCUGUUUACGCCCUGGAUUGCCUGAAAUACCGUUUGCUCGUGCUUUCGAGGAUGCGACUGAAGCAACCAUUAUGAGGUUUGUUACUCCCACGCUUGUGUGGAAGGCGAUGCGAUGUUUAAACAUCGGGACAGAGAAAAAACUCAGGGACUCAAUCAUGGAGGUGGAUAAGUUCGCGGAGCAAGUCAUCAGGACAAGGAAGAAAGAACUUGCUUUACAGUCAGAAAAUGAAAAGCAAAGGUCAGACAUAUUGACUGUCUUUAUGGGAUCCAAAGAUGAACAAGGAAGGCCAUUUUUGGAUAAAAUCUUGCGGGAUAUAUGCGUGAAUUUCAUACUGGCUGGACGAGACACAUCUUCAGUUGCACUUAGCUGGUUUUUCUGGCUGCUGAACAAGAAUCCAGAUGUGGAAGACAGAAUUUUGGCUGAAAUCAGUCAAAUUUUGAGUGACAGAAAAGACGAGAAGGACAAAGUACAGGAUCUUGAUAAUGUAAUCUUCAAGCCUGAGGAAGUAAAGAAGAUGGAAUAUUUACAAGCUGCAAUAUCAGAGGCUUUGAGAUUGCAUCCAUCAGUUCCAGUUGAUCAUAAGGAGGUCCUUGAAGACGACGUUUUCCCAGAUGGUACAGUGCUGAAGAAGGGAACCAAAGUGAUUUAUGCGAUUUAUACCAUGGGAAGGAUGGAAGGAAUAUGGGGAAAAGAUUGCAGAGAGUACAAACCAGAAAGAUGGCUUAGAGAUGGGAGGUUCAUGAGUGAAUCUGCAUACAAAUUUACAGCUUUUAAUGGAGGACCUAGGCUGUGUUUGGGCAAAGACUUUGCUUAUUAUCAGAUGAAAUUUGCAGCUGCCUCCAUUUUGCUGCGAUACAAGGUGAAAGUUGUGGAGGGUCAUCCCGUGACACCAAAGAUGGCAUUGACCAUGUACAUGAAGUAUGGGCUUAAGGUGAAGCUCUCCAGGAGAGAUGAUCGACACAAGUAUUUCAAGCUUAAAGAGUGAAGAAAACGAAAAAUCUUCCCCGACAAAUACAUAUGAUGAAUGAUUCUGAGAUGCUAGCUAAUUAUUAUGCUUUCUCUUGAAUUUUUUUUCUUUUUUUUUUCCGGGUUUGUUAUAUUGUUUGGGAAUUUACAGGAUUAUAGAACAAUGGGUGGUUGUUAUAUAUUAUUACUAGAUGACUUACUAUUGUUUAAGAGAUUUGAAGAAUUCAUAUUGGAGGUAGGUGAGGAAAAAGGUUAUCAGUUAGGAAAAGGGAGUGAUAUGAAUAAAGUUUUUAUGUCAUUGAUUGUUGAGUAUAUAAUUACUCUGACCAAUUCAUUUAAUUUUUAUAAAUAAUUAUUUACAAAAGUUAUUUUCAUUCGACAAUCCCGCAAAAUUGCAGUCUUUGUUUGAGCAAAUUUU